UGCCGGCAGAGGGAAAACGCAUUCCAACGGCCAUUUAAAAACUGUCGAAAUCAAGCUGUGACGUGUGGCAAGAGCCGUUCGCCCCAGUGUUUACGUGUUUGUGUUUCGUAACCUAAAAUGCACCCCAGUCGGCGGCGCAAAAAGCGCCCCAACUACGGCAUCCGGACCGUGGAAGUGCUGCGGGGCUCUAACGGCUUCGGCUUCACCAUCUCGGGCCAGCAGCCCUGCAUUUUGUCGUGUAUUGUGGCGAAUUCCCCCGCGGAUCACGCGGGGCUCCGCGCUGGUGACUUCCUCAUCUCCGUCAACGGCAUCUCCGUAUCGAAAAUCACACACGAUGCCGUGGUUAACCUCAUUGGCAACUGCGUGGGGCCCAUCAGGAUGACCAUAGCGGAGAAUUACUACUCGGACAGCAGUGAAGAGGAGCUGGACGUGAGUCGCAUGAUGGGAGCCCGCAAACCCAAAUACAUGCACAAGCCCAGACCGCACAGGUGCUACAAGCAGUCCCCGAGCGAAAACACGAAAAAACACAACGAAAAUAUCAAAUACAACGACGAAAAUUCGGGAAAUUUGCUCAACAUUUCGAAUCAAAUGUCCAUGGAAGAUGAGGCGGGGCCCGUGGAGUACAAGGCCCUGGUUGGCUAUUUAGGAACAAUUGAAAUGCCCAAACAACUGUUGCCAAACUCGAGACUGCAAACAGUUUGCAGUUGCAUUAAAAAAUUGAGGCAGGAAAAACGGGCCCCCACCGCUGUCCUAAUGACGAUAUUCCCGACUUGCCUAACACUGAAAAAUUCCUCAAACCACAUUCUUGCCAUAUACCCCACAAACCGCGUCGUUUACAUCGGAAGCACCGCCGACAGGGAAUCUCGCUACUUCGGGUUGGUAACAAGUGCCGUUUCCGACAUGAGAAGUACCGAAAAUCUCAAGCACUUCCAAUGGUCCGAAGACAAAAAAUUCAACAACACGGAACCGGAAAUUGAAAUAUCGAACAGUUGUCACGUGUUUAUGAUAGACCCGAAAAUUGUGGACCACAGUGUCCAUGCCAAAAAAGCCGACACGUUCAAAUUUUCCUGCACAACUGACGUCAUCACCGGAGGCUGCCUCGAAUUUCCCCGGAACGCCCUGUACAUAGUAAACCUCGUGCAAACAAUGUACAAACUACAGAAUAACGAAAGCCCGAAAAAUGACGAGGCGAGCUUGGGCCCCCUUGUCGCGAACUCCCCCCAGCCCAGUGCUUCGAGCAAUUCCGACUCCGGGAUCGGCUUCCGGGAUGAUUGCGGGAAUAUCAGCGACCGGAUUCUGGUAGUGGAAUUCCCGACGCAUCGGCCGUUCCCGAUUGUCAACGCUACGAACAAUCGGCCGUCUGGAAUCGACGCCUCGAGUAUCCCCCUUGAGUCGUUAGACCUGCCCCUGAAUAACGAAAUCAACAACAAGAAUCAUGACAUCAAGUCCAAACAGUUAAAUAACUUGAAUAACAUCCGAGCGUGUGGGUCCGUCAACAUUAAGAAUGUUCUGGGAAAGAAUGACAAUCACUUUUUGACGAAACAAAACAACGACGGGGAGGUUUACAACCGGUUGACUUGUCGGGCGAUGCCUGAUAGGCCCAUGAGGGUCACAAGGGGGCUGUCACCGACCAGUUCCGACGACAACACGAAAGUCCCCGAUUCGAAAUCGUCAGAGACACUCUCGGUGUCCGAAGACGUCGAUUUUCAGAGUUCGGUUGAUAACAUUUCGACCCACAGCUCGAAAAGUGACCUAAAAGGGGUUUUCAAAGCCCCCAGUAUGUUUUUCUUCGAGAAUAAAAAGUUGAAAAGGCAGAGUAAGAUGGUGAAUAGUUGCGACAAUUUGGAUAAGUUUGAGGAGAAUAUCAUGAAUUAUAAAUUGAGUCCGAAAGUUUACGGAUUGUCGAAACCCAAUCAUAGCUGUGAGGAGUUGAAUAAUUUUGAUACAGUUGAGAAGUAUGGCUAUGGAAGUUUGCAGGAGUUGUGUAGAUGGGAUGGGCAAGGAAAAAUGAGAAAUAUCGCACAAAGUGAACCCGAUGUGAGAAUGCAGAGGAACGGAAUGGAGUGUGAAAAAAAUGGCCCCAAGGAGUCGGAAGGGCCCGCCGGAUGGGCCUCGUCCUUCGAGAAACUCCUCGACGAUCCCUUAGGACUCCACACGUUUGCGGAAUUUUUGAAAAAGGAGUUUAGUGCCGAAAAUAUUUACUUCUGGACUGCGUGCGAACGCUAUCGGCGACUUCCGGCAGGUCCGGCUCGAGUCGCCGAAGCCCAGCGAAUCUACCAGCAACAUUUAUGCGUGGGAGCCCCCGAGGGCGUCAAUGUGGACUCGCACGGGCGCCACUGCACCGAACAAGCGCUACAAGAAGCCAGCGAAGCGCUUUUUGACCAAGCGCAAAAGCAGAUUUUUAAUUUAAUGAAGUUUGAUAGUUAUCCGCGAUUUCUCAAAUCGAGUCUUUACAAACAAAGUCUUGCCGGCGAGUUAGAGAGGCCUCAGAUCGAUUCAGGAUUGUUAUUACAACCCCCAACGCCCACGAAAUUAAAGAAAUCGUUAAGUAAUGCCGAAGAUAGGAGAAGAAAGUCACUUUUGCCGUGGCAUCGGAAAAACCGGUCCAAGUCAAAAGACCGAGGCGAGUCCGAGUAUUGUCAAAAGAGGGGUGAUAUUGUUACAAGUUGCGAGAGUGUGAAUGGAAAAUUGGGGGGCGGGAGCGACACACACAGCAGUAAGUCGUCGCUGACGUCGCUGGAUUUGGCGAUUACGUCCACACAGGAUUUGAGUAAAGGAAGCCAGGACGAAACCUCGUCGACGGUGGCCCGAGGGCCCCUCUGUAGAGUAGUUCUGAGUAACGGAAGCACGACAGUAGUACAAAUCAAAACAACCGAAAGUAUUCAACAGUUGGUCACUAGACUAUUAGAUAAACGAGGGAUUGUUUAUUCAGCGUUCGAAGUUUACACAAACAAACACCAAAAGGCACUUGAUGUCACCGAUCCGUCGACAAAAUUAGCCGGCUGUGAGGUAACAAUCGAGCAGCGAGUGACUUUUAAACUAGACCUCCCGAACAAGAAAGUCAUUUCGGUGAAAUCCAAACAUACGAAAAUAAUUGCGGACGUGUUACGACCCAUCUUGCAAAAAUACAACUACAAUUUGGACCAAGCGAAAGUCACAAUUGGGGACACCGAAGCCGUGGAUAUUCACUUGCCGGUCACUUCGAUUGAUGAAAAACGCCUCCGAAUCACCUAUUGUGAAAAAACAGUACCUGCGACUCCCGUUAUUAAAGUGAACAACGUGAAAGCGAAACUCGACGAGAUUACCAACCAAGUAUUCGAAGAUAUUCUCCAAGAGAAGGCCGAUUCGGCGUUUCUCAAAGCAAAGUCGGAUAAGGGGUCUGUGAAAAGCGAGGACUGGGGCUCGGAGCACUCGUCGGGGAUUUUCGGGAGGUUUCUGCGGCGCGAUUCCGGGCUCCACGACCGGAAGAAAAAGUCGCUGAUGAAGCUAAAGCCCCCGGGAAACAGUAGCGAUGAUGUGACGGGGGAGCAAGUGAAAAAGCCGCUAAUAGCAAAAUGGAAAACUGGAGUGAAUAAAUUACAAGUGGCUUGUAGCGAAAGCGACGAACUGGUCGAGGGUCUGACAAGGGCGCAGAGGUCGCGGUUGGAGGACCAGCGCGGGACUGAGAUAAAUUUCGAACUUCCUGAUUUUUUGAAAGAUAAAAAUAGCCGGUUCUUUGUCGAAAAUGGGGACCUCAGACGGAAUAAUUACGAGAAUAGGAAUAUCAUGCCCAAGGAUUUUAACAAUUUGACUAAUAAUAACAACAAUAAUUCGUUUACGAAUCACAAUCAGAAACUGAAUAAUUUGCGAAUCUACUCGCCGAAUAAAUUUUCGUCGGAUGAGAGUUCGCCGUCGAAAAGCUUGGAAAAUACUGUUAUUGAAAAUAAGAAAGACAGUUCGAAGUGUGAACCACCGCCACUGCCCCCUAAACCUAAAAUCGUUCCUAUAAAACCGCCAAAUUGGGGCCAGAACGGGUACUAUAAGAAAGAAUUGGGCGCGAGUGAUAAGAAAAUGUAUCUAGAACAGCCGUCGAGCAGCUUUGUCUAAUUGUAUCAUACUGUAUAGAUAACCGAUAAUUUAUUGGAAAAUUGUAUAUUAUAAUUUAAAAUAUAUAUUUUUUGUAUGUUUUUAA